UGCGCGCGCACUCGCGUAGUUAUUGCGAGGAAUGCAUGCUCGCGCCAGCGGCGUUCACGCGCAUUUUCAGUGCGAUGGGAGUCCUGUGAGGAUGGACACACGGCAAAUCCUGCGACUCCUGGCCGUUUUAGCAGGAUUAAACGGAGUGUGUGAAGCUCUGUGGUGUAACUGCACCUUACCAAAGUGUGUGAAGGAUGGGUAUAAGUGCGAGACCACGGGGGCGUGCAUGGCCUCCACCUCAGUCAUUGAAGGACAGGAGCAGCAUGUGCGGCUCUGCAUUGAGAAAGAGAACCUGGUUCCUCCGGGACAGCCGUUCUACUGCCUCAGCGCGGAGGGACUGAUGAACACACACUGUUGUUACUCUAAUUACUGCAACAGCAUCGACCUGAGACUACCAACCGUGACUCAAGGAGCAGGUUCAGAGCAGGACUGGGGGCCGGUGGAGCUCACUGCUGUGGUGGUGGGGCCAGUGUUUGUGGUGUGUGUGCUGGUUCUGCUGGGUUUCUUCCUCUUCCAUCAUCACCAGCGAGCCUACGGUCACCGGCAGAUACUGGAGGUAGAGGAUCCCAGCACUGAACACAUGUUCCUGGCCAAGGACAAGACCUUACAGGACCUCAUCUACGACCUCUCCACCUCAGGAUCAGGGUCAGGUCUGCCUCUGUUCGUCCAGAGGACCGUGGCUCGUACCAUAGUGCUGCAGGAGAUCAUCGGUAAAGGCCGCUUUGGGGAGGUGUGGAGGGGGAAGUGGAGAGGAGGAGACGUCGCUGUGAAGAUCUUCUCCUCUCGUGAGGAGCGCUCCUGGUUUCGUGAAGCUGAGAUCUACCAGACCAUCAUGCUCCGCCACGAGAACAUCCUGGGCUUCAUUGCUGCCGACAACAAAGAUAAUGGCACGUGGACUCAGUUGUGGUUGGUGUCAGACUAUCAUGAGAAUGGAUCCCUGUUCGACUAUCUGAACCGAUAUUCAGUCUCCAUUGAGGGCAUGAUUAAACUAGCGCUGUCGGCUGCUAGCGGCCUAGCGCAUCUACACAUGGAGAUACUGGGCACUCAGGGGAAGCCUGGCAUCGCUCACCGUGACCUGAAGUCCAAGAACAUCCUGGUGAAGAAAAACUGCACGUGUGCCAUCGCUGACCUCGGCCUGGCUGUUCGUCACGAGUCCGUCUCUGACACCAUCGAUAUCGCCCCCAACCAGCGCGUCGGCACUAAGAGGUACAUGGCGCCUGAGGUUCUAGAAGAGACUAUUAACAUGCGUCACUUUGACUCGUUCAAAUGCGCAGACAUCUACGCUCUGGGACUCGUGUACUGGGAAAUCGCUCGUCGCUGCAAUGCUGGAGGUAUUCAUGAAGAGUACCAGCUGCCCUACUAUGACCUGGUGCCCUCUGACCCUUCCAUAGAGGAGAUGAGGAAAGUGGUGUGUGAUCAGAGGUUACGACCCAACAUCCCUAACUGGUGGCAGAGCUAUGAGGCGUUGCGUGUGAUGGGGAAGAUCAUGCGGGAGUGCUGGUACGCUAACAGCGCUGCACGACUGACGGCUCUCCGCAUCAAGAAAACCCUGUCUCAGCUCAGCGUGGACGAAGACAUGAAAAUCUGAGCGAAACACUACCUUCUGUCAGAAACACUCCUAGCAAAGAGAACGUGUACAGACAUGCGACUACUCUAAACUAUCCUGCCAGUUCACAAGUAUUUCCGUCCGCUGAGUCGGGACGGGGUCUACCUCAUCCCAACGCCAAAACUACUGAACCCUCGCUCCCAGCAGCCCUCUGUGCUCUCCUCCUCUCUACAUCUACCACUGACCCCUGCUCGCCCAUCUAACUGGACAUGGGACUCAAUUGAUUCUGAUCAAAUCCAGUUUGGCCCCUAAGAUCUUUUGUUUUGAUCUUGUUGUAUUCACUAAGGUGAUUCUAGCAGACUAUCACGGCUAACUAACUAUGAAGAAAAGGGUGGGUUGAGCUGGUAAACACGACCAGCUGGUUCCUUUCAUAACCACAUCAAAGCUGUUUGCAAAACAACCUUAUUUGCACUUUAUCCCAGGUUUCGUGAGCGUGGGUUAUAGCCAUCUUGGUUUCACACACUGGCACGCGUGUCUAUUCUUAACUACUGAACGGUACGGAGAUAUCUAUUUAUUUUAGCUCGUAGAUACUUCACACGUCCUUAUUGUUUUUAUCUCCGUUAGAUUUCCUCCUCCAUGGGCAAAUGAAGCUACUGUACAUGGUAUAUUUUUUAAUAGUAUGGAAAUGUAAAUAGCCUACCCUUUUUUAAUUUCCAAGUCCUUCGACUAAGCUACAGGUUUGAUCGUCCAGGAACACGGGAGAUGUGAAGGUGUACGGGUCAGGCUUUUCGUUAAACUUUAUUUUUCAUAGCUAAACCUGUCACGGUAGCAUUAAAUUACACUAUUAUGACGCACAUUUAUUAACUGAGGAGCAUUGGGACUGUUUUGUAAACUUGUUUUUUUUAAGGAAUAUUUCAUGCAAGUGCAUAAGAAUGUUAUUUAUCAUCAUUUAUCAUCCUUGCGUCGCUCCAAACCCAUAUGCUGGAACUUUUAAUGUAAAACACAAAAGAACAUAUUUAGCAGAAUGUGCAAGCUGCACUCAAAAAAUGAUGAAACAUUGCCAUAAAUGAUCAGUAUGAUAUUAUGCUAAAUUCAAAGUGUGAUACUUUUUUUGGAGCUUGAUGCAAUCAGAAUUCAUGCAAUUUAAUUACAAGGCAAAGGGUUGCAUGAACUUGUCCAAUGCAAGCAAGAAAGUCAUGCAGGUUUGGAGCAUCAUAAGGACGAAAAAUUACAGGAUUUUAAUUUUUGCAUUAACAUUACGACGUGAUCCUAGGAAAUAAUCUCAUUCUUCUUCAUGCACUGGGUCUGUAAUGAGAAGAACGACUUGAAAACGUAACUUGAAAAGUUUGGCGUCGAAGUGCACUGCUUUACUCCUCCAACACUGUAUUUAUGACUCCUGACAGACAUUGUGUCUCUCUCUCGUACUCCACGGAUAAAUACUACUGCCCUUCUGUCCCUCUCCGCUUAAUAUGCAAGAUGUUAAUGUAGUUUCUAUAAUGUAUGACCUUUUUAUUAAUCCGAUUUGAUUCUGUAGACAAUCGUGUGGUUCUGCUUUGUGGUUUAUUUUUUUAAAUGUGACUCUGUUUUAAUUCAGGUUUUAUUCGUAUAGCGCUUUUAACAGUAGGUUUUGAAGCAGCUGUACAGGGUUUUGGGUCUGUGGUCUUUCGUUUAAUUUGAUUUUAUCUCCCAGUUUCACUGGACUUAUGUCUAGAGUCUGUGUUUUGACAAUCUGAAGUACUGUUAUUCUCCUUCAUCCAUUUGCAACAAUUCAGUCGCCUUACACUAAGAUUAAAAUGUGUCCAGAAAAAGCCAAAAAUGAUUGCUUAUAUGUUAAUGCUUUCUUUAGAUAGUAGAUUUUCAUGUUAAGGAGAUCCAAAAUGACGGGCUACCAUGUGAAAUGUGUUUGUAUCACUGGACUGAGUCACAACACUACUGAGAAAUAUAAGAUGACACUGGCACAUCUGCUGCUGAUUGAGAAAAUCAUCUUGAAUUGGGAAUAAGUGUUCAGGUUUGAUCUGUAUUUGUUUCUUCUGUCGAGUUCAGUUUGUACAUAUAUUUAUAGUUUCCAGAAAGCAUGUUGCUGCUGGCAGGAUUGGGGCUUUAUAAACGUCUGCUCCCUUUCAUCCUUUGACUGUAGUAGACGUCUGUCGCCUGGAUAAUUAUAACAGCUAAACGAUGGCGACAAUGUGAUUUUUACGUCCUGGUUUAGCAUUAAGGAAGUUUCCUCAGUCUGACCUCACAGCAGACCUGUAUAAUCCCAGUGUAUUUCCCAAAUCUACAUGGACUUUUCAGGAAUUUCAGUUUCCAAUCAUGUACAUGGGUAAUUAUUAAACAGUAAUAAAUACAGAUUUUCCUAAAA